ACACUUUAUAUGGACCUCACCAAUCACCACUGUUGUGUACCGCCCGCCACCACCACCUCCGCGGCUAUGCGCAGCUGAAGGGACAACGGCCGGGCCGGGCCUGCAGGCAGGUACUUAAAACCUGCAUGUGUCCACAAUCCAGAUUCCAACCUUGGCUCCCUCUGUCAACACAGCGGAAAUGUUCGGACAAGCUCGCAAAAACCUGCACGCGCUCGCAGCGGAGCAGCCACCAUUCGUCCCGUUCCCCAGCCGGCGCUCAGUAGUCCACAGCACGAACGGCAUCGUAUCGUGUACGCAGCCGCUGGCCGCACAGGCGGGGAUCAAGAUCCUGCGCGAUGGCGGCAACGCCGCUGAUGCGGCCGUAGCCGUCGCCGCCGCCCUGAACGUUACCGAGCCCACGAGCACCGGCAUAGGCGGCGACGUGUUCUGCCUGUUCUACAACGCGUCCACCCGCACGAUCCGGGGUAUCAACGCGUCCGGACGCUCCCCCGCGGCGCUGUCCCUCGCCCGUGCACGCAAGGAUUUAGGACUUAGCGGCAGAAAGCGCUACGUCAACGACCUUGGCGACGAGGUGGCGCAGAUCCCGAUGGGACAUGUGCACGCUGUCACGGUGCCCGGUGCGGCGGCCGGGUGGGUCGAUGUGGUAGAGAAGUUUGGGAGCGGGAAGGUGCACAUGGAACAGGUGUUUGGUGAGGCGGUCAGGCUGGCUGAGGAGGGGUUUCCUGUCAGUGAGCUGAGCGCAAGGUUCUGGGCGGAGUGCGAACAUACCAUCCGCGAUGCGAGUCCGGACAAUGCCGGGGAGCUGCUGAAGGGCGGAAAGAGGCCGCCGAGGGUCGGGGAGAUUAUGAAGAUGCCCGGAUUGGCCAGGGUGUUUAGGAAGCUGGCCAAGGAGGGGAAAAGUGCGUUUUACGAGGGUGAGGUGGCGAGGGCACUUGUUGAGGCGGUGAAGAAGAGGGGCGGUGUUAUGGAGAUGGAUGAUCUGGAGAGACAUGGGAAGCUGGGAAGUGAGAAGACCGUGCCGAUUGGAAUUGAGUUCUCGGGGACUAAGGUCUGGGAAUGUGCGCCCAACGGCCAGGGACUUGUCGCCCUCAUGGCACUGGGGAUUAUUGAGGAGAUGGAGAAGCGUGGGGAUAUCAAGCCACUUGGUUUGGGGGACAAGGGCUAUGGCCACAACGAGGCUGAAUACCUCCACGCUGUAAUCGAAGCCCUCCGUAUCGCCUUCUCGGACGGCCAUUGGUGGAUCGCGGACCCAUCCGUCUCGCCCGUACCCGUGUCCGGCCUCCUGUCUUCCUCCUACCUCGCAUCGCGCGCCGCGCUCUUUUCCCCUAGCUCCACUAACUCAUCCAUCUCGCACGGCACACCGGCCUUCCAAAGCACGGACACAGUGUACUUCUCGGUAACCGACGCCCACGGCAACGGCUGCAGCUUCAUCAACAGCACAUUCGGGGGCUUCGGCUCCGGCAUCAUUCCUGCGGACUGCGGCUUCGUGCUCCAAAACCGGGGCGCGGGGUUCUCACUCCUCACGGACCACCCGAACGUGCUCGAGGGCGGGAAGCGCCCCUACCACACCAUCAUCCCCGGUAUGCUCACCGAUCCCACCGGAAGCGAACUGCAGGCUGUCUUCGGCGUCAUGGGAGGGUUCAUGCAGCCGCAGGGCCACGUGCAGGUCCUCCUGAACGGACUGCGCUGCAAUAUGAGUCCCCAGGCUGCCCUCGACGCUCCAAGGAUUAGCAUCGGCUCGAAUUAUGAUCCCGGCGCGCCCGUGGUCCAUGUCGAGGAGGGCAUUAGCGAGGAGACGGUCAGGGGUCUGAGGGAGAAGGGACAUGUCGUCGAGGUGGUGAAGGAGUAUGGGCGCGGAAUGUUUGGGCGCGGGCAGGUAAUCGUUGCUGGGUGGGAUGAGGAGGAGGGACAAAGGGUGUGGAGUGCUGGGAGCGAUCCUAGGGGCGAUGGUCAGGCUGUUGGGUAUUAGAGAGAGAGGCGUAUAUGUAACAUCAGGUUGCGGGUUGAAUCUUUGAAUCGUUUAAGCGGACAUUGAGUUUGUACAUAGGUACACAGCAAGUAAACUUUUGAGUUCGGUAUCAGUUCUGAUUACAUUACUAGUUGGCAGGCGACUAGAGUAGGUCUGCAGUAUGUAGGGG